AUAGAAGAUAAGGGAAAAAAGGUAAGGGAUGCGGGGGCGCGGUCGGCACUAGCCUUUGGGACAGCUGUGGGAGCGGCCGACCCGAGCCACGGCUGAGCCCAACGCACGGGAGGACACGGCUGCGAGGCGCUGCUCCUGCUCGCCUUGGCGGCCUCACUCCCUUCCUUCCUCCAUCCAUCCUGCCCCGUCCUGCACUGCCGAGCGGGGCCUUCCCUUCCUGCCGUCCAUCCGGCUGUCCUGCCCGGUCCCGCAGCCCCACCGAACAGGUGCUUCAGGCCUGGCAAGCGCCGUGCCCGCUGCUGGCGUGAGGUGACAGUUGCUUGGUUAAAUAAGGUCUCCUAAAGAUAACAUUCUUGAAUCUCCAAAGAUGACAGCUGUUGCAGUGCUGGAGGAGGUGCUGGUGUCCAUUGAGAAUGAGCUGCAAGCAGUGGAGAUGCAGAUCCAGGAACUUGUGGAUAAGCAGCAGGAGCUUCUUCAGAAAAAGAUGAGAGUAAAGAAUCUGAUAAAACAGUCCUCAGGAGAUGUGGAGGCAGGUGGAAGUAAAGACACUGAAACCUCAGCUGAGGAAUGGAACAAAAAAGAUUUUCCAUGGUAUGAGAAGAUAAAAACUGCAUUGCAGAGCCAAUUUAAACUCCAGAAGUUUAGAUCACUGCAGCUUGAAACAGUAAAUGCUGCAAUGGCAGGGAAGGAUAUAUUUCUUGUCAUGCCCACAGGUGGUGGGAAGAGCCUUUGUUACCAGUUACCAGCUGUCUGUUCUGAUGGUUUCACACUGGUGAUAUGUCCUUUGAUAUCUCUCAUGGAAGAUCAGCUGAUGGUUUUGGAACAGCUUGGUAUCUCUGCAGCUUUGUUAAAUGCCUCAAGCAGCAAGGAACACGUGAAGUGGGUGCACACAGAAAUGCUGAAGAAGAAUUCCCAGCUGAAGCUCAUUUAUGUGACCCCAGAGAAGAUUGCAAAGAGCAAAAUGUUCAUGUCCAAGCUGGAGAAGGCUUACCAGGCUGGGUGCCUGGCUCGCAUCGCCGUGGAUGAGGUGCACUGCUGCAGUCAGUGGGGCCACGACUUCAGGCCUGACUACAAGUCUCUUGGUAUCCUGAAAAGACAGUUUCCCAAUACUCCCUUGAUUGGAUUGACAGCAACAGCUACCAAUCAUGUUUUAAAGGAUGCUCAGAGCAUUUUGCACGUUCAGAAGUGCAUUACCUUUACUGCUUCCUUCAACAGGCCCAACCUUUACUAUGAGGUUCGGCAUAAACCUUCAAAUAAUGAAGAUUUCAUAGAGGACAUAGUUAAGACCAUUAAUGGAAGAUACAAAGGACUGUCAGGAAUUGUUUACUGCUUUUCUCAGAAGGAUUCUGAGCAAGUUACUAUGAGUUUGCAGAAACUGGGAAUCAAGGCAGGGACUUACCAUGCAAACAUGGAUCCUAAAUAUAAAACCAAAGUUCAUAAAGGAUGGGCAACAAAUCAAAUCCAGGUGGUAGUGGCAACUGUUGCUUUUGGCAUGGGAAUUGAUAAACCUGAUGUGAGGUUUGUAAUCCAUCACUCUAUGAGCAAGUCCAUGGAAAACUAUUACCAAGAGAGUGGACGUGCAGGUAGAGAUGACCAAAAAGCUGACUGCAUUUUGUAUUAUGGGUUUGGAGAUAUAUUCAGAAUCAGCUCAAUGGUGGUGAUGGAAAAUGUUGGCCAAGAGAAGCUGUAUGAUAUGGUCUCUUAUUGCCAAAAUAUGAGCAAGUGUCGCCGGGUGCUCAUAGCUCACCACUUUGAUGAGGUGUGGGAUUCUGCCAACUGCAACAGAAUGUGUGAUAACUGCUGCAGAGAGAAUGCAUGUGAGAAGCUGGAUGUAACAGGAUACUGCAGGGAUCUAAUAAAGAUCCUUGAGCAAGCUGACAGCAUGAAUGAGAAACUCACCCCACUGAAAUUAAUCGAUGCCUGGUCUGGGAAAGGUGUAUCCAAAUUCAGGGUGCCUGAAGUUACUCCACCCAAGCACCCUCGAGAGGAGCUGGAGAGAAUUAUUGCUCAUUUUCUGCUGCAGCAGUAUCUGAAGGAGGAUUUCAGCUUCACAGCCUUUGCCACAAUAUCCUACCUGAAGGUGGGACCCAAAGCCCGGCUGCUGAAAAACGAGGGACAUGUCAUCACCAUCGAGGGGAUAACAAACAGCAAAAGUGGUUCCAAGGUGAAACCAUCUCAAUCUUCAAAUUCAGAAGGAAGCAGAGAAAAUGCCCAGGCUGGAUCAAAGACUGUCCAAGAUUCAGGGCUGAAGAAAUCACAGGAACAUAAACGGCCCAGCUGUAGUCCUAACUUAAAAGCAAAGAAGCCGAAGCUUCAGGAAGGUGCACGUGACCAACCAGUAGUUAUUGACUGAGCGUCACAGACUACAUUUAGGAUCUAAUCAUGGUUGCUGCUCCCUGGACAGUGCAAUAUAUUUUUAUACUCUA